AUGGAGUUCGAGGACGACGAGACGAGCACGCAGGAGCAUUCGUUCAGGGCAGAGGGCACUCUCGAUGCUGAUGCUACAAGGGCUCUUGUGUGCCGCGACUUCCAAUAUUGCAGGUCUGACAAGAUGAGGGAGGGCUACUCCCAGGAGCUCGAGGAGGGCAAGCAGUUGGUGGAGGAGGCUCGGGGAAAGCUCGAGGCAUGGUUUGCACGAAAGUUGGACGAUGUUGACAUUGUGGGCCCCGAGAGAGCUGUGUAUGACGAGAUUCUUCGGGACGUGGAGAGCGCAUUCGUUGUGCUGAACGGCAAGAUGAAAGCCGUGAAAACGGCUACUGCUGUGAACCAAGAGUUCCAGGUCUCGGGCAUGGAGCUUGGAGGAGCUGCAGGGCAUUUGAUUUCCUCUUCGGGAAAAUGGCCGAGCAACUUUCAGCGGGAUAUGCUCCGAAAGUGUGCCCCAUCCCAGGUUCCGGUUACCAAGUUGCAGGUCCCGGUAAACGCGAAGGGCAUGCUGAAGAAACGGAGUCUUCCUGUGGUGCUGCCUCACGAGGUGUUUCCUUGGCUUGUGAAGCAGGGUAUUAUUCCGCUGAAUGAUACGGCUGAGAUUGGAGAGUUCUGGUCUCAUGCUAGAACGGCCGGGAUGCCAACCAUGGGGGCCACGGACUCGCAUAUCCCGCUGUAUCUCUGGGGUGACGAUGCCAGAUUCACAGAGACGCACGAGGAUAAGCUUGUGGUUGUGGCUUUUGGCAGGGUGCUUGAGACUUCCAAGAAUGCCCUCGAGACAGUAUGGCCUCUCUUUCUUUACCAGCAGGUCGUGGCUUCUUUCAACAUCCUCUUUGAGCAGGGUGUCAUGGUGGAGACUCCAAGUGGCGAACGCAAACGUGUUUUUGCUGCAGUGGUGCAAUUUCAAGGCGAUUGGAAGUGGCACAAGGCCGCCCGACAUUAG